CGUUUCGAGGAGAGAACGGCUCGGAUGCCGGGGGGGUUUUCCGCGAAGGCAUGUCUCGGGUCCUGGAAGAUUUGUACUCUCCUGAAACCUUGAACCUGCUCAUCCCUUGUCCCAACGCCCAGCACGGGCUCCCCACCAAUACGGACAAAUUUCUUCCCAACCCGCAGCUUGCCACCUGUCCCCUCGCUUUGGAGAUGUUUGAAUUCGUUGGGAAAUUGAUGGGCAUGUCCUUGCGAGCGAACUUGUGCCUCCCUUUUCACUUCCCUUCCUUGAUCUGGAAACGGCUACUGGGACACGAAGUGCUCCGGAG